AUGAAUUCCAAUGUGCUUGCAGUGAAAAGUCCUAGCAGCUACCAGUUUGGAAGUGCUUCUGGCACCUAUGAAUCCGUGUCUCAAACCCCAAUUUCACAGAGUGGCUCUUUUCCUGCAUCUUCGGUCUCCAGUCAGCGUGCCCCUGGGUCUCCUGCCUAUGCCAAGAUUUUGUCCCCCUCUGGAACAUAUACCAGCCAUGCUACAAGCAGGCAAGGUUCCCGAAGCCAGUUUACCUCAACUUCUCAAGACAGUUCUAGAUCAAAAUUAACAGCAAGUUCUAGUCAGUUUGUUUCUGCACAGGGAGGAAGUGCCAGUCUUGGUGGUUUGUCCUCACAGUCUCAGAGUACUUCCAGCCCUGUGUCUUCUGCAUAUCCUAGUCUUGGUUCCUUGUCCAUGGCUGUAUCUGGGACCUCCAGUGUUAAGACUUCCCAAUUGUUUAGUUCUGGCUCCCCGGGUGGGUCUAGUCGAUUGACAACGUCCCAUCUCUCUGGUCUGGCACAAGGUGUGAGUAGCCAUCCUGUUGGUUCGUAUGUACAGUCUCAGGGCAGCCCUAGUCGACUAGCCUUUGGUUCUCCACAGUAUGCAAGUGCAUCUAUUGGUGGAGCACACACUACAUCUAAUCGGCACAAGCAAGCUAGUGCACAGUCUCUGUCCCAGAUCCCUCAAAAAUGGCAGCCUUCUGCUACAAGUUUCUCCCAAGGUAGUCCGAUAACUACAGCUAUGUCACAAAGCAGGUUUUCUGUUCCAAGUACCCCAGCUUCCAGAAAGUCAUUAGCCUCUGGUGGACCUCUUGGACAAAGUGCCCCUGCUUCCCUGUAUUCUAGCGCCUCUAUGCCAUCGCCCCAAAGGGGAUCUAGUCUGUAUAGUCAAGCUUCGGGCAGUGUGUUUUCCAUGUCCCAGAGCCAAGCUCCUCAAAGAUGGCAGCCUUCUGCCUCACUGUCAUCCCAAGGCUUUCAGACCUCAAGUUCAGCCGUUUCACAGAGUAGCUCUCCAUCUCCAUCCAGUGCCAAGUUUCCCAAUAGGUUAUCCUUAGCAUCUGGCAGUGGACCAAGUCAUCCAGUUUCAACACAAGGAGCGAGUAGUUACGGUGGUUUGACUCAGUCUCUGGGCUAUUCUGCUCCUCAUGCCCCUGCAUAUUCCAAACCUGCUUCACCCUUGGGAGACCCUAGUCUGUUUACCAGCAGUCAAAGCAAUUAUGCAUCAAAAUCACAGAGACUGGCCAGUGGUACAGUGGGUGCUUCAAGACGUUAUGUCUCUGCACAGGGACAAGUUGGCUCCAACAUUGCAUCUCUUCAGCCUCAAGUUGCUGCUGGCCAUUAUGCUCCUGCACCUAUGGAUGUUAAAGUGCCUGUGUACAAUCAUCCCACCUCAAGUGGGUCCUCCAUGUCUUCGAGCCCGCCGCCUACUACCUCUGGAAGGUUAUCUAGUAGAUUUCCAUCUUCUGGCGCAGCUCUGACGCAAACCAGCUCUUCUCCUCAAAAUGUCCAGAGUUUCAGUAGGUUCUCCUCGGUGGCUGGAGGGACAAGUCUGCUUUCCACACAGAGUGCGGGUAGUUAUGCUGGGCCUUCUCAGUCCCAGGGCAGUGUUGGACAGUACACAUCUGGCUCUCCUGCAUUUGAGAAGUUUGGUUCCUCAUCUCUUGGUGUUUCUAUCCAGUCUGCUAGUGGUCCGAGCUCUUCCAGCCAGUAUUCACCAAUCUCUACAACUGUAGCCGGUGGACAGCUAACAUCUUCCAGUGGCUAUCCGUCUGCGCAAGGAGAAAGUGGUUCUGCUCAUUAUGCCCCUGCAUAUUCCAAACCUGCUUCACCGUUGGGAGAUCCUAGUCUAUAUACCAGCAGUCAAAGCCACUAUGCAUCAAAAUCGCAGCGCAUGGCUGGUGGUACAGUGGGUCCUUCAAGACGUUAUGUCUCUGCACAGGGACAUGUUGGCUCCAACAUUGCAUCUCUUCAGCCUCAAGUUGCUGCUGGCCAUUAUGCUCCUGCACCUAUGGAUGUUAAAGUGACUGUGUACAAUCAUCCCACCUCAAGUGGGUCCUCCAUGUCUUCGGGCCUGCAGCCUACUACCUCUGGUAGUUUUCCAUCUUCCGGUGCAGCUCUGACGCAAACCAUCUCUUCUCCUCAAAAUAUCCAAAGUUCCAAUAGGUUCUCCUCAGUGGCUGGAGGGACAAGUCUGCUUUCCACACAGAGUGCGGGUAGCUACACUCGGCCUUCUCAGUCCCAGGGCAGUGUUAGACCCCCGUACACCCCUGGCUCUCCUGCAUAUGACAAGUUUGGUACGGCGUCUUUUGGUGUUUCUAGCCAGUCUGCUAGUGGUCCGAGCUCUUCCAGCCAGUAUUCACCAAUCUCUUCAACUGGAGCUAGUGGACAGCUAACAUCUUCCAGUGGCUAUCUAUCUGGGCAGGGAGAAAGUGGUUCCUCUAUCUUGUCUCAAGGUCCUUUGGCAAAGGAGACUCUUGCACCUAUGGAUACAAGCAUGUCUGUUUCUAGCCAGGCUGCAGCAGUUUCAAGUGGCAUUCAGGCCUCUGAUGCGGCAGCAUUUCAGAGUGGCUCUUCUCAAGCUUCCAGCAGCCUUUCCUCCUUGCACGUUUUGAGCUCUCCUGUGUAUUUUGUGCCCCAGAGUGCAUCUGGUAGUAGCCAAUUGCCACCUUUUGGAAAACCCACCGAUUCCAUGUCGCAGUCUUCUGGCUCAAACGUCCAAGCAUCUUCAGAAGCCCUGUCUUCUGGUUCAUCCCAGGCUCAAACUUUGAGGGAAUCUGCUGGUGUUGCAAUUCCGGGAUUGACUGGUGGUUCCACAUCCAUGCUUUCCGGUAGCUAUGAAUCCUCAUUUGGCCAGAAUGCUCCAGUCUCCAAGCCAUCUCAGGGCUCUUUGAAUGGAUACUACUAUGGGGUUAAGGGCUAA